GGGGUGGACCCGGUGUGGGUGCUGGAGGCCCGGACGGUGCGCGGGGCGCUGCGCGGGGCCCCCUCCGCCUGGCUGGUCCAGUUCUACUCCUCCGCCUGCGGGCACUGCGCGGCUUUUGCGCCCACCUGGAGGGCCCUGGCCGGGGACGUCCGGGCCUGGGAACCUGCUAUAAAGAUCGGAGUCCUGGAUUGUGGGGACGAACACAACUAUGAGACGUGCAAAGAAUAUGGAAUCCAGUAUUAUCCCACUUUCAGGUAUUUCAGAGCUUUUACCCAACAGUUUACAACUGGAGAAAACCAGCAUGCAGGCCAAGAUCGGGAGCUUGAGACGUUCCGUCAGACCAUGAUCGACUUUCUACAGAACCAUUCCCGAGAAGCCAAACCCCCUGGUUGCCCGCCUUUGGAACCGAUGCAGCCAGAAAAAAUAUCUUAUUUUUUUCAAGAAAAGGUUCCGCAUUAUACGGCCAUUAUUUUUGAGAAUGAAAACUCCUACGUUGGUCGAGAGGUGAUCUUGGACCUGAGCCAGUAUGAAUACAUCGUGGUAAAGCGAGUCCUGGAUUCCGAUCCUGCUUUUCUUCAGAAAUUUAAUAUUACCUCUCUCCCUUCCUCUUACUUGAUCUACCCAAAUGGAUCCCACGGAUUAAUUCGUGUUUUGAAGCCUCUCCGGUCGGACUUUUCUUCCUAUUUAAAGUCGCUUCCUGGCGUGAGAAGGAGACUUUCUUCAUCGCCACUCCCAUCUCCUCUCCGACAGACCAGAGAAGAAAACGUCAUUUUCAAAGAACUGAAAGAUUAUGAUAAAUCUAAGCUGUAUAUGGCAGACCUUGAAUCAGGGUUGCAUUACAUGCUCCGAGUAGAACUCGCCACGCACCAAACUCUUGAGGGCGAUGAACUUAAAACCUUCAAGAAUGUUGUGACACUCCUUGCUAAGCUCUUCCCCGGCCGGCCAUCGGUGAUGAAGUUGCUGGAGACUUUACACAUGUGGCUGGUGAGCCUCCCAUUAGACCGAAUCCCUUACAAUGCUGUUCUUGAUCUGCUCAGCAACAAAAUGCGGAUCUCCGGAUUGUUCCUCACGAGCCGGGUCCAGUGGGUCGGUUGCCAGGGGAGCAAGCCGGAGCUGAGAGGGUACCCCUGCUCUUUCUGGAAGCUCUUCCACGCCCUAACAGUUCAAGCCGCAGUUCAACCCAAGGCCCUGCUCAAUACAGGCUUCGAAGACAACCCUCAAGGGGUCCUCAGGAUCAUGCAACGAUACAUCCGCGAUUUCUUUGGGUGCCGAGCGUGCGCGCAGCACUUUGAAGAGAUGGCCAGAGAGUCCAUGGAUUCGGUGAAGACCUCGGAUGGAGCCGUGCUUUGGCUCUGGGAGAAGCACAACGUGGUGAACGCCAGGCUGGCAGGUGACCUGAGUGAAGAUCCGGCAUUUCCUAAGGUCCAGUGGCCAACUCCAGAUAUUUGCCCGACGUGCCACCAAAAAAUUAACGGUCUGGACGCUUGGGACAAAGUCCAGGUGUUGCAGUUCUUGAAGGACCAUUAUGGGAUGGGCAACAUUCUGCACACUUACACACAAGAGCGAGCGGACCUGGACGAGAAAGAACUUCAAGAAGACCCAGGGAUAGACUUUCAAAGCCAAGAACGCCGAAGGAGUGAGGACAAAAUCCCAGAUCCGGAGAAAUUUUCAGACUCAAGGUCUCGUGCCUUGGGCCGAUUGUUAGCCAAGGACGCCCCCGGGCCAGACCGAGGGAAGAAGGCCGUGGAGUCCAAGAUCGAGCAGGACAUGAAGCAGGCUGUAUCGUUCCUGGGAAUUGGGUUCUCAAACAUCGACAUGAGCCUGUGCAUUGUCCUUUAUGUCGCAUCGUCGUUCUUUUUAAUUAUCAUGUACUUUUUUUUCCGGGUGAGGUCAAAACGCUGGAAAGUGAGAUAUCGCCGCCCUUCCGUGUAGAACCUGAAGCCCCAUUUCUGUCUUGCCAACGGCUUGGUUUGCGUUCAGAUUCAAUGUUGAGUAUUUAUUGAUCAGGGAUUUUUUUAUAACGCGGUAUUCCGUAUCUUGAAGAGGUGCUGUUGUGUUACUGAUUUUCUGGUUCACCAAGGUUGGGCAUCCACUUUAGAUGCAGCACAAUUGGGCCAUAGCAACCAAAGCACAUGGGUGGGCGGGUAUGUGCACAGAUAAACAUUUACCUAAGGAGCAGUAAAACGAUGCUGGCGAUUUUGCCAUUGCGUGUUUUGGUCUGUAGAGCGAAAAAUCUACAUGGAUUGAUUUAACCAACAAGUUAGGAAGAAACCGGACGCUUUAAACAGCGUCCGUUGAAUGAAUGUGUGAAUCGUUACGGAAUGUGCUAGCCAGACAGAUGCUGAUAUGAUCUCAGUCCACCUAGAAAUGGAUCAUGAUGUGGCUGUCAGGUGACUCUUUGGCGGGAUAAAUCUUUUAUCGAGAGAAAGGCGGCAUAUCAAUAAAACAAACAAAUACAUAAACGCCUUGAAACUUGUAAGAAACAACCUUGGUUAUUGGUACCUCCUCGUAUUUGUGUUUUUCGGAUCAGUGAUUCAAACAUAGUUUACUUUCUUUGUGAAGGACAUCCGGUGGUUUUUUUUCCCCCCAAAGCACUAGUAGUAACAAUCUAGGGUUGGGCUGAAGUUACCGCCGGAGAACGAUGAUCAAUUUAUAACUCCCAUUUUGGAAAGUUCCCACAGCUCUGUUCCAAGAGGGUGCCGGAUUGUCUACAUCCUGGGUCUCCCCAUGGAAACACACGCCCAAUACUUAGAUUAUAUCUCACACCCUGCACAAAAACUUUUUUUAGUGAACAUGCAGUAAAAGCAUAGAGAAAUUUGCUCUCGACGCUUGCAGGAACAAAAGAAUUUGCAAGACAGCCUCUUUAACGGAGAUGGGCAGGGCAAGAAGCAGCCAGAAAGCUUGGAGACUACUGAAAU